AUGCUGGGACUCCGGGCAGCAACCACUCUGUCCAGCACCAUGUCUUGGGGUAUGUUCACUGCCCAGCGGCCCAGGGGCCCCUCCUGCCUCUCGCCCGCCUGGUCAUGGAUCACACUCUGGGCGCCCCUCUGGCCUGGAGGCCUCCCUCUGCCUCUCUUGGCUGGGGCGCCUGGGGCUCCACCCAACCCCGUGGACCCCAAGUUCCAAAGUGGUUCGCCUGUCCUGGGCCGGGGCGGGGCGGGCAGCGCGGGACCGCGGCCCUCCAAGCCGCGCGCGGUCCAGCGGUGGCCCUGGCUGGUCGUUGCCCGCGGUCCCGAAGAGCUUCUGUGCUUCACCGAACGGUUGGAGGACCUGGUGUGCUUCUGGGAGGAGGCGGCAAGCGCCGGGGUCGGCCCCGACAACUACAGCUUCUUCUACCAGCUCGAGGGCGAACCGUGGAAGCCAUGCAGCCUGCACCAGGCGCCCACGGCUCGCGGCGCUGUGCGUUUCUGGUGCUCGCUGCCUACGGCCGACGCGUCGAGCUUUGUGCCCUUAGAGCUGCGCGUCACAGCCGUAUCCUCGGGCGCUCCACGCUAUCACCGUAUCAUCCACAUCAACGAAGUGGUGCUCCUGGACCCCCCCGCGGGGCUGCUGGCGCGGCGGGCCGACGAGGGCGGCCACGUGGUACUGCGUUGGCUCCCGCCUCCUGGAGCCCCCGUCGCAAGUCUGAUCCGCUACGAAGUGAACAUCUCCUCAGGCAACGUCGCAGGGGGCGCUCAGAAGGUGGAGAUCCUGGAUGGCCGCACUGAGUGCGCACUGAGCAACCUUCGCGGCCGAACGCGCUACACUUUUAUGGUUCGCGCGCGUAUGGCUGAGCCGAGCUUCGGUGGCUUCUGGAGCGCCUGGUCCGAGCCUGCGUCGCUGCUGACAGCUAGUGACUUGGACCCUCUCAUCCUGACGCUCUCACUCAUCCUCGUGCUCAUCCUGCUGCUGCUGGCCGUGCUCGCCCUGCUUUCCCACCGCCGGUGA